GAUGACUGUUUUGCUGCUGCAAAGGAGACAGGCAUUUUAAGCGAAGCCAAAGAAGCAGCUCUUAUCGCCAACAGGAAGCAACUGAGGAAGUUGGAGGCCCAGAUGGUGAUGCAAGCGCAUAAUGCGAGGAAGCUGCUGAGGGCCCUCGGAGAAAAGCGGCAGUUGCUGGUACGCCUAAGGGCUUAG